GAAAGGAGCUCCUUGGCCGAGCGUAGAAAAAAAAAAAAAAACAAACACAUGAGCAUAGAACGCUAGAAAAAAAAAAAAAGAACCUGCCAAACACAACCAUGCAAACGCACGUCAUAGCAGAAGAAAAAAUAGAGACUGGAGGAGAGAGGAGACUGAGAUCAGAAGCAUGAAACAGAGAUGGAGGAGAGAGGCAAGAAUGGAGAUAGAAAAAAGAUGAAAAGAGGGCAGAAAAACAGAAGCAUGAAAUAGAGAUGGAGAAGAGAGGCGAGAAUUGAGACAAACAAAAGACGAAAAGAGGGCAGAAAAAACUGGAGAGGAGAGGCAUAAAGGGAAGGAAAAGAAAAAAUGAAAGGGAAGUAAAACACACAGCCACACACGCAAGACUGAAGAAGUCAGAUGCCACACGCGCAAUAAAAAAAACAGAGAUAGACGCCGAAAACGCAGAGAAACAGAGACAAAGAAAGAGAGGUGGAGAACGAGAGAGAGAAGCAAACACAGAAUGCUAGAAAAAUGAAGAAGCAAGCGUGCACAGUGAACACACAAAACCAAAGUCACAGAGGCAGAGAAGAGACGACAAAGCCAGAGGCGGGAGAGCUUUCAGCACACACGCAAAAAAUGCAGUGGAAGAGAAGGAAAAACCAAGAAGCAGAGCAGGAAAACUUAAAGGUGUGGUUUCCUCUCAGUGCAAUGCUUGAACACAAUGUCUUAAUAAUGCCUGACUACCCUUAUCCUCCUUUAAACAGUUUCUCAAGAUUUUCCUCAAAAUUUUGGUGGCAACUCCUAUUUCUUCACUUCCUACCACGAAGGUUGAAACCCUCGCUAGCGCGCUGUCCACAUAGCAUUUUUUGAGUGCGACAGUUGGCGACUCUACUGGGAACAAGUUAGAGAGUCAAGCCUAUAUAAGUUUGUUGUGAUCCAAAUAUAACAUAUUAUUAUUAUUAUUAUUAUCCCUUUUAAUUUGUGUGUGCCUUUUUACUCUCUUUUCCUCUUUUCUCUCCAUUUUUUAUAACAUGUCUUGGGAUAGAUAACAUGUAGAAUAAAUCCUAGGAUAGAAGAUUUUUAUUUGUACAU